GCAUGCCUGCGGCUGUAGGUGUUAAUUUGGGGGCCUCUGGGCCCUGAGCUUAGUGGAUGCCACAAGAGAAACAUGAGAAUCCAGAGCUCCCUCCUCCUGGUAGUCCUCCUGGCUUUGGAGACCCAGUUGCCUAUGGCCUUGUGUAGGAAGAAGGGAGACAAAUCGGGGGCCUGCCCGCCGGACGACGGACCCUGCACCCAGGUGACUCCGGAUCAGUGCAUGAACGACCGCCAGUGUCCCUCCUCCUGGAAGUGCUGCUCCCGAGCCUGCUUCCGCCAGUGUGUCCCGAGGGUCUCCGUAAAGCUGGGCAGCUGCCCCGUGGAUCAACUCCGCUGCCUCGGUCCUACGAAGCACUUGUGUAACCAAGACUCGGACUGCUCAGGCAGGAAGCGGUGCUGUGCCAGCGCCUGCGGCCGGGACUGCCGAGACCCCAGCAAAGGCUAAUUCCAGCUUAAGAUCUGUGGCUCUGCACCCCAGGUGUGGUUCCCACCAGGAAGA